UAAAAUUUUGAGAAUUUACGAAGAAGAAGUGUUUGGUUGGAGUGGGAAAUUGCAGUUCUUUUUUGUGAAGAAGAUAGAUAGAUAGAAGAAGAAGUUAAACCUAAACUCAUUGAAUUGAAUUGAAUUGAAUUGAAUGGCUUUGACAAUCUCAAACAUACUUCAUUGCCCUAAAUUCAACAACAACAAUAAUUCAUCCAACCAUUUCCGUUCCCAAUUUUCAACCUCUCUCAGGUUUCCCAAGAAAACAUCAUGGAUUAACCCAAUAAUUAUCUCUGCUUCUUCUUCUGCAUCUGCUGCAGGAAGCACUAAUCCUAACGAUGACUUCAAUCCUUAUGAGAUUUUAGGUGUAAGCCCUAUUGAGAAAUUUGACACGAUCAAAGCAGCAUAUACUAAGAAAAGGAAGGAAGCUGAGAUUAAGGGUGAUGAACAAACUGCUUCCAGACUUGAAAAGGCAUAUGACAAAGUUAUGAUGGCUCAAUUGAGUAAUCGGAAAAAGGGUGUGACUUUUGGAUCUUUUAAGGUUUCAAAGGACAUAAAGUAUGCCGACAAGCAGCCAGUUAUACCUUGGGGACCAAGGUUUGCUAAAUCAAGUGAAAAUGAUAUGCGCAUCAACUUGGCAAUAUCUGCUGUUUUUACAGCUUGGAUCGCAGUCACUCAAAGUGCUGAAUAUAAACCUUUGCAGUUUUUAGCCUUUGCUUUCGUUUAUAGGCUUUUUGAGAAGUUAAAAUCCUUUGAAUCUCCAAAAAGCUCCACAAUUAAUGAAGAUGGUGAAGAUCCAGGAGAAGGACUGCGCAUGGGAAAGAGACUGCUCCGGUCACUGGCCUUGGUUUUUGGAUGUAUAGCUGUUUCAUCCUUGGCUUACACAUUCGCUUUGAACAUAGUCGAGUCUGCAAGUGGUUAUAUCCCAUCUCUUCUUUACAACAGUCAGGAGUUGAUAAUCACCGCAUCAUCGGCAUUCAUGCUUUUUAUUUUGGGAUCUUUUUAUAGAUAAUGGACCUUUCUUGAAGACGUAGAAACCAGUCAAUUUAGUGAUGACCACAAUACUGUGUUCCUUUUCCUCUAUUGUCAACGGAGUUCUUUUGUUGUUUCACUCAAAUUUUGUCAAAAGAGAAAUACAUUUCUUUAUAAAGUAGGAAUAGUGUUAAUUUCAAGUUUUGUUCUAUUUGAAUGUUGUGUAUGAUGCUCAUUUGGGCUAUUAUGUUCGAAGCUCCUCCCUAAUUAAUUACAUGAUUCACAUUCAAGCAA